GCAAUACCUCCGUCUCAACACAGUGUUGCAGCUGUAAAAAAUUUGCUGCUGGUAACACCCUUUUCGCAUAAGUUUCGCCUGGCGUGAACACGCGGAUUUCGCUUCGUGGAUUUUUAAUAAUUAAAUAAGCUGCCAAAAUGACGAAGAAGCGCCGUAAUGGAGGACGUAACAAGCACAACCGUGGCCAUGUGAAGCCCGUGCGUUGCACCAACUGCGCCCGCUGUGUGCCUAAGGAUAAGGCAAUCAAGAAGUUUGUCAUCCGCAACAUCGUUGAGGCUGCCGCCGUCCGUGACAUCAGCGAGGCCAGCAUCUGGGACACCUAUGUGCUGCCUAAACUGUACGCGAAGCUCCACUACUGCGUCUCGUGCGCAAUCCACUCCAAGGUGGUGCGUAAUCGUUCACGCGAGGCACGUCGCAUCCGUACGCCGCCAGUGCGUUCCUUCCCCAAGGACAUGGCACGCAACAACCAGAAUAGGAAGUAAAUGCGUUUAAAAAAAUAUGAAAGGCGGCUUGCUUAUAUCAUGAUGAUGAUAUCCCUCACUCAUAAGAGCAUCAACAACAACAACAACAAUCCACACACACUAUUGUUACCCAUAAUAAGUACGAUUUUCUAUGGAUCGCUGGCCUAGCAAAUAUAAGCAUUCUGUUUUUUAAAACAAACAAA